UAUAAAUCUAUCAACUUGGGCAAGGUUUUAUAAAGGUUUUAUCCAAAUUUACAAAAUGAGUUGCACUGAUCAAGACAUCUUAAGCCAACAAUUCCAAGAUGCCAAUGAGGUCAUACAGCAAUAUUCAGAUAGUAGUCAACACUACCAACCAGAAUAUUAUAACUAUGAGAAUUUCAGCAACCACCAGAUGCAUUUUAGACCCAACCCAAACUAUUGUUCUGUUCCUGAAGCAUCAAUAAUCAACUGGAAUGAGGUGUCAAAUUGGGUCCACACUAUUCCAGCUGGACCAGUGCCACACAACUUUGCCAGCAGCCCGGAAAAUCAGCUUGUCUAUUCUGCCUUCCCUCCACCAAGAAGUGGGAAAGGGAGAAAAAAACUGCGGCUUUAUGAGUAUCUCCAUGAAGCUCUGUACGAUACAAACAUGUCCGACUCGAUCCAGUGGGUGGACAAAGGCAACGGCACCUUUCAGUUUGUGUCCAAAUACAAGGAGAAGCUGGCUGAGCUCUGGGGCAAAAGAAAAGGCAACCGUAAAACCAUGACCUACCAGAAAAUGGCCCGGGCUCUGAGAAACUACAGCAGGACCGGAGAGAUCAUUAAAAUCAGACGGAAGCUGACCUACCAGUUCAACCCAGUGGUGUUGCAGAGACUUAAUCCGGCUUAUGCACUGGGAAGGGAGACUGUGUACUACCAGUACAUCCCAACAGAGCAGGGCUACUGCAAUGUAGAUAACUGGCAAAACACUUACGGUAAUUACACCUGCGAAACAGAGUAUGAUUUGAACUAUUCAGUUAUCCAAAGCCAAGUUCCAAGUGACUGUAUUUAGCUCAGCCAUCACAAUGUAAAACAUCAAAUAACCAGGUGGGCACCAUACAAAAAAAUGAGACUGUUUUGUUCAGUUCAGUUUUGACCACCAGAUCUUUGAACAGGACCAGUAAAGAAACACUCUCAUGAUCCUAACCUGAGAUAUAUGAUUUAAUGAAGAAAGUUCUCUUUUCUUAUGAAUUAAGGAAGUCACUGAAUGAAUGGAUGAACUUCAGUGACCCAUUCAUGAAGUGAAAUGUUGUAAAAAGCUGAAUUUGCAAAAAUAAAACCAUUGGUUUCCAUGGUCUAUAAAUUUUUAACUACUUUUGUAAGACAGUUUCAAUAUUAGGCACAUAAUUGCCAUUUUAAUUGUGAAUUUUACAAUAAAGUAUUUAGAAAUGUUUUGCACUGUAUGUAUGU